GAGCUGUUUGAUAUAAAAGCCGGGUGUUGUCGAUCAGCUCGCCAUCAUUAGUAUUUGCUGUACAGCAUAGCAACAGUCCUGUGACCACCUGCUUACAGACCUCAGACUCUCACCAUGAAGCUGUCCCUGCUGGUACUCGGUGUCCUGCUCUGUGUGGCAGUCGUCUUGGCUGGUGGUAGGAAGGAAGAAAAGGGUGGACCCGGCGGUCGAGGUUCCUCUGAAAACGUGGCACUGGAUCACCCUCGUCAGGAGAACGCACGCGACCAACUCCGUCAGGGGCACGUCACACCGGGUCACAUGCACACAGGGGAGGUCGCACUGGGUCUCCUUCAUCAGCUGAAUCAGAUUCAUCAGAAGAAAUUUCAUCAGACCCUCCCCAGGCAACUGAACCUCCAUCAACAGCCAACCCAGGUCAGCAGUAGGCUCGAUGGUCGCAGUCCUCCUCCAAUGGUGGGGAUGAAGAAGGAGGCAUCUGAGACUGGACAUGGCGCUGGUAUUGUGACCUGCUGCAUGAUGGGAUAAAGGGGAAAACCUGCAUUUAACGAACUCUAAGAAAACUCUGAGAAUCUGUACAGAGACCAGUUUCAUCCGGAACAUUGACAUGUCAGCAUUUCUCUGUAUAAUCAUCUAAAAAGUGUUGGGUUUUUUUUUUUUUUUUUGGUUCAAAAAAAUAUCGAUGCUUGUCGCCAGAACUAUCAAGGAAUCAAGAUGAACUGAAUUCAGAACUGUCAUGGUCGCGGAAAAAGACACGCUGGAGUUUGUUAUCUUUUUUAUUUUUGUUAUUUACCACUAAUAAAGUACAUUGUUCACCUUUA